AUUAUUCAUUGUCAUAUGGUAUCAGAAUCAACAUAAGGUAUCUGCCAUUAUAAUAAUAGUAAGCAAACUUGUGUCGUUAGUUGUUUUAUGAAGGCAAAAAAAAAAAAAAAUCAUAUUUUGUAAGUGGUAUACAAGAAGGAUGGCUGGAGGAAAAUCGGAAUCGUUCUCUCCUGAUGGAACAACUACGACUUCAAGGACUUCAAACAAAGGUAAUCUGACGAUCUGGCUUUUGUUGUCAACAUUCGCUGUCUGUAUCGGAUCUUCAUUUCAAUUUGGUUACAAUACCGGUGUUCUGACAGGAGUGUCUGAGCUGGCUAUCACAGUUGGUAUCUUGAUAGCACAGGUUUUUGGACUGUAUGUGUUAAAUAGUUCUGAAGAUUGGCCGUUAUGCCUAGCAUUGACUGGUGUAUUCGGUUUGGGUGGUUGUUUGAUUCUGAUUAUCUGUCCAGAAAGUCCGCGUUGGCUUCUUAAUCAAGGCGAAGAAGACAAAGCUAGAGCAGCCAUGGUAAAAUUACGUGGGAAUGAUGAUGUUAAGAACGAAAUGGAGGAAAUGAAAGAAGAGUAUCGAAACGAAGUAGCUAAUGAUGAGGGAAAGACAACAAUGUUGGACGUCAUCCGCCUAAAGGAGAGCUGGUGGAAGAUGCCACUUAUCAUCUCCGUUCUUCUACAUGCUGGUCAACAGUUUUCUGGCAUCAAUGCAGUGAUGUUCUAUGCAACAGAGAUUUAUAAGCAGGCAAAUAUGGAAGUUGAAGCGAUUGGCCUAGCUACGGUUGGAACUGGUCUAGUAAAUGUCGUAAUGACAUUAGUGGCUGUUUACGUUGUAGAUAGGACAGGGCGUCGUGUAUUGAUGCUCUACCCUUACGCCGCUAUGAUAUUCGUCACUGCUUUUAUUACGCUAUCGUUGAGCUUAGAAGGUGAAGCUUGGAAGUGGGUUUCACUUACGUUUAUUUACUUGUAUAUUAUCGGAUUUGCAAUUGGACCAGGUCCAAUGCCCUUUGUAGUUGUCCCAGAGCUUUGGGCCCAAGGUCCGCGUCCAGCUGCUAUGAGCUUAGCUGUCCAAUGCAACUGGUGGUCAACUUUUUUAGUUGGUCUGGCGUUUCCAUUUAUGCAGGAAGGAAUUGGUGAUUUUACAUUUUUGGUAUUCACAUUCUUCUUAGCUCUAACCACUGUCUUCAUAUACUUCUUCGUGCCAGAGACUAAGAACAAAACAUUUGACGAAAUCACGUCCAAAUUUAAGAGGGACGCAAUAAAAUCGCAACUGAAUGGAGAAUUGGAGUCACAUCGUGUGUAGUUGAAACACAAUAUUAAAUUAUAAUGAAUCAACUGUUAAAAAUAAAUAUUAUAUAUAUUAAAGACAAGAUAGAUCACUAUCACACAAUAUCAGUACAAUAUACUUUUACUCGUUAAUGAUACUGUCUCAUUUUCCCUACCCAUAAUUAUUUUGAUGAAGGACAGUACUGGCAAGGAAACUUAAGGUCUCCGUGACCUUAACUUACAAUUAAAUUUUAGCUUUUACUUUUCAAUUUCUGAACCGAAAUUCCGUUACUGCUUCUCACAGCGUUGCUUUUUUUUUUAAUGUUUUGCUGGCGGGCUUUAUGUCCAAUUACUAACAUAAAAACAGUCACUAAAGACACUGAAAUAGUAGUUACGGUGUAUUUGAGGCCAUAAAGUACUAGCAUACACCUUUUUUUUUUUAUAAGGACAAGCAGAAUUCUGCAGAGGCUUAGUGUUCUUAUUUUAAGGCAAAUUUCAGGUUUAAAAUGUUCUUAUUUUGUUCUUAUUUCACACAAUUUUCAAAGAUAGAAAAUUAUUAAUUUACAACAGUACAGUACAAGCUUGUUACUGUACUGAAUUAAAGAGAGUAUUAAGCCAAACCUACUAUUGCUAUUGUAUGUGACUAGCUUGAUUUGUUGGUUUGUUUAGUUUCUGUUUAAAUAAAAACUCAUUUGAUGUUUAAUUUUCA